GAAGAUGGCUUCCUUACGCUGUAGGCGGGACCCCUGCGGCGUUAUCUGUCUGAUUUUAACUUAUUUCAGCGUGUUUUACGCGGACUACGUGGUCAUACAGUAUGUCCUCAUCCCCGCCUACUCGGACAGUGUGUGGUGUACUCUACAUGGAUCAGUGUUCAACCUGAUUCUGCUGCUGCUGCUGGCCUGCCACUCCAAAGCCGUCUUCUCAGACCCCGGUAUGGUGCCUCUUCCCGAUACAGCCAUAGACUUCUCAGACCUUCGCUCCCAGUCGUCUCGGAUGAACGAGCGGGGCUGUGAGGGUUGGACGGUGUGCAGUCGCUGCGAAACCUACAGACCUCCCAGAGCGCAUCACUGCCGCGUCUGCCAGAGGUGUAUCCGCCGCAUGGACCAUCACUGUCCCUGGAUCAAUAACUGUGUUGGAGAGUUAAACCAGAAGUAUUUCAUCCAGUUUCUUUUCUACACAGGUAUGGCCAGUCUGUACUCCAUGGUGCUGGUGGUGUCGGCCUGGGUGUGGCGGAUAAGGAACGAGAGAGAAGGCGAUGCAGAAAAGGAAGAAGGAGAAGAGACGCCCAGCAAGCACCUGAUAGUUGCUCACUACAUCAUCCUCCUGGUGGAGUCGGUGUUGUUUGGCGUGUUUGUCAUGGUCAUCUUCUACGAUCAGUUGGUCUCCAUAAUCACAGACGAGACUCCGAUUGAACAGAUGAGGAACAGGCUGAUGAUAAAGGACAAAGGUUCUUCAUCGUCCUCCUCGUCCUCGCAGCUGCCUCACCACCCAACGCACACCCGCAAGCCAAAGCUGGCGUUGCUGCGGGAGGUGUUCGGAAGAGGUUCGGUCUUUUGCUGGCUACUUCCUCUCCACUCCAACCCUCCGUCGGUCGGCGGCAUCACCUACUCCGCCCUGCCCGACUACGACGUCUGACCUUUUGACCUGUGAGAGCGAGACGAAGCGAGGAAAGGAUGACGAGAAAGGUUUUUUUUUUUUUUUUUUUUUUGUGCGUAUUUGAAUUUUCUGCCUAACUACGAUGUCUUAUCUUUGGACCUGAGAGAUGAGGAGGAAGGAGGACGAAGGCCGAGAUGGGAUGAAUGAACAUGAAUGAGUGUAUGUGUGUAUUAGAUGGAUGGAUGGAUGGAUGAAUGAUUGAAUAAUGAGUGUGUGUAGGGGGAGGUUUUCUCCCCAGGACCUAAAAAAAGUUCAGCCUCAAACCCUACACUCAUGAAAAUAUAUUUCCUGUCGUGAAGGAAAAGCACUGACGGUCCCCGUUUUGUCCCGAGCUGUAGUCUAACUACCGGCUUUCUUUGAUUAUUUUGACACAUGUGGAAGUUUUGACGCCCUGUGGACACCGAGGUUUGACAGAUGCGGGUUUUGCAAGGCCAAUGAGGACGGCUUUUCACUAAAGCUGCUGAUAAAUUUGACUAUUUAUGAAUUUUUGAAAUAUCUUUGCAUGAUCAGUUUGAAAAAUACUCCUCGUUUAGAGUCAGUUUGAUCGACCCACUUAUCAGUCUAACCUCAGUGUAUUUUUGUACGUUUGUGUGUUCGAGGGAGUCGACUUCUUGCCAGUAUUCUUGCUAACGGAUGUUUUAGCACACAAACGUUCUCUCAUAAGUUUCUCUAAACUGAGUUUCUGUAUGUAAAGGAGGUAAAAGGGCAGCGGCCUGGGGUCAACUUCCUGUUUCAUCAUGUGUUUUUUUUUUUUUUUUAAACCUUCAACCCCUGAAUGAAAACUGAUCCAAACUGGCCUCGCGGUUGUUGAACUGUGAAAACAAACGUUGCCCUAAAAUUUGUUAAUGAAUUAUGUUUGAAGAUUAUGAUAUUUUUUCCUCCACAGAAUCAAAUUCUGUUACAUCUUUUUCUUUUAGGAUCCUGGUUAAUGUCCAAGUCGAGCUUUAAAUAAUUACUAGAAAUGCUCUGAUAUGUUUGUUUUUUUUAAGGCUGAUACCAAAAUCUGAUGUUUUCCCAUCCAUAUUAUACAUUUUUGAGGAGCAAAAACAAGUCAAGCUUUAAUUUUCUUGAGGUAAUUGAUUAUUUAUAGUGCAAACAUUGACUUAAAAAAUAAUCUCAGACACUACAUGGCCAAAAGUAUGUGGACAACCAAACAUUACACCGACAUAUGAUGGUCGAACAUGUGAUUCUAAAACCACAGGCAUGAAUCUGCUGCGAUAACAGUAACAUAACUCUUCUGGGAAAGCUUGUCAAAAGAUGUUGUAGCUGUACCUCCACACCUUACAAAAACAUUUCUUUAUGUAUCUGGCUUUGUGUGUAGGGGCAUUAACAUGUUGAAGCAGGAAAGAGAUGAAUACAAACAGUUGACACAAAGCUGGAAGCACACUUUUGUCUAAAAUAUUAUUGUAUGCUGUAGCAUUAAGAUUUCCCAUCACUUGAACUUAAGUAACCAAGCUCAAACCACUAAUAACAGACCGAACGUCCACAUACUUUUGGUCAAACAGAGUAUUUAUGCAUCUCUAAUGAGUUCUGAUUGUUAAUGAAAAUCCAAAACCUCAAACCAAACACCAAAAUACACUGUAGGUCAAUGUAUUUUUCUAUCAUCAAUUUAUUUUUAUUCUUAAAUCGACCACUCGAGCUCAAGAUAUCAAUUUUACCACGACACCAACACUAUUUGAUAUCCAAAAUCACACUUUUUUAAACAAUAUCAUGAAAUUACAUUUGUACAAUUCACUAACAUUUUCUUUUUUUUUAUGUUUUAAAACAAACUAACUACUUGUCCUCCAUAACAUCCUGUGAAUUAAUAUUCCAAAAACUAAUAAUAUAAGAUACUGUAUGUUGGGAUUUGGAUGCGCUGCCUUGGGAUUCAUAAGAAAACAGGAAAUGGAGAAUGUCUGUAAAGAGAUUCCUCUUUUUUUGUGUUUUGUUUUGUGUUUUUUUUCCUCAUUCCUGUGGUUAUAUUUUGAAGUACAAAAAAGGUUUGACGUGCUACUAAACUAAACUGUGUAACACUUACAGAUUUACACAACUACUACACACACACACACACACACGUACACACAUAUUCAAACAGGGUGUGAUUUGAGAUAUAAAGCAAUGAGGGUGCUGGAAAAAGGACAAAUAUUGUUUACCGUCAUCCUAACGAGAUGAAAAUAAUAUUUUGUCAUUCAUUCCUCAUCAGAUCACCCCAACACACACAUACACACACAUACACACAGAGUACAACACUCAGUAUUCUGCUAUAUCUCAGUGAAGGGAUGACUCUUAACUUAUUUAUUGUUUCUAACUAUUCAGUGGAGUUAACUCUACCAAUAACUGUGUAUUUUUAUGUGAAGGGUGAAGUUGCCUCUCUACAGUGAUCUGGGUUUAGAUUCGCUGCUUUCUUGACGAUUGUUCAAACGUUUUUGAAGUGUAAUCUCGCCUCCAUGUAUUAAAACAACAGUUCGAUAGACAUUGGUGACGACGUCGGUGUCUUUGGUCACAGCUCAGGCAACAUUUUACUUCCCGUAGGAACAGUUAUAAAAUAGCUGGUGUUUAGUGAAACUAAACUAUGUGACUGUGAGGUUUAAUCUAAACCUACAGCUAAUUUCACCCAAACUUUCAUUUCAUAUGUUUAUAUAUUACCUCAGAUUUACAGUUCGACACUGUUGUAGCUAAUAUAGAAGCUAGCACAUCUAUAAGUUCUCAAAGGCUCAUGUGAGAAUCCAGAGAGUCAGUAAGAGCUGCCUUUUGCUCCGAUUGGCUUCUUUAUCACACAUUUCCUGACACAAUUACCUCCAGACCUUCAGUGUCAAAGCUGGAGGUGUGGUUACACCAGUAUUAGCUUAUCCUCGCCUCCCGUAGUGAUGUCCCUACCUCACGUUUUACUUUCCUUCAGUUGAACCAGUGCUGAUGGAGGGUUAAGCUGGUUCUAUAGCUGUGCAUCUAGGGGUUACGGCAUAGCUUCAGUCGCUACGCAUGUAGCCUCCUCAGCAGCUCUGCCGAUACCAUGUGGAGACCACAAGAACUAUGAUCGGUCAGCUUUGGCUGCCUGUGUUUUCUCCUACAAGUUUCAGCAGGCACGUUCAGCAAAGACAUCUCCGUUACAAAACCCUCUGCUCUGUAGUGAAUUAAACAAUGUAAACAUGGCGACGACAUAGAAUGGUCUCAUAUACAGCAAUUAAACAAGAUGGACACCCUUGGUGGUGCCAUUAAACCCUUGUGUCAAGUGUAAAUCCGGCGUUAGUGCUAACAUAGAAACCACCUUUGAAGAAGAAAAAAAACUUGUAUUCAGUGUUUAAACUAUGAGACGAUUAAUCAAUUAGUAGAUGACAGAAAAUUAAUUGACAAUAAUUUUGAUAAUAAAUUAG